AUGGUGGUCGUCUCGCCGACUGCCUCCAAGGCGUGGCUCCUCGGCCUCCAGGCAGGGGAGCUGCUUGGUCCACUCUUCCAGCGCCACCAGGGGAACCAGGGGAGCGACCCUCGCCACUUGGGCAUCCUGGCGUUCGAGGCAGUCCGCACCAUGUCGCGGCUCAUCGGCCUAUACCGCGCCCUUUCUGAAGCGGAGGUCCACCGCCUCAUCUCCGGCACUGUGUGUUCCCAGGGCGUCGCCUAUCUCAACUCAGCCGACAAGGGAGUCCUCCUCCGCCUCGCCUGCGCCGAGAUGAUCGACGAUCUCGACGUUGCCGCCGCGGCGGUGGCUCGUCUCGGGAGCCGGUGCGGACGCGUCUGGCCGCGAGGAUUUGAGUUCGUGUACGCCGAUCUCAAGGCGGGGACGGAGGAUAUGUCCCACCUGGUCCUUGGAUUCCAUCUCAAGGACGUCGACAAGAAGGUGAAGAAGAUGGAGAAGUACGUGGCGGCGACGUCGACACUCUACUCUGCCAUGGAGGACCUGGCGGAGCUGGAGACGGGGGGGAUGCGCCGGCUGGAGAAAUCGAAGAACUUGACGGAAUCCUCCUUUGAAUCCUACAGAAAGCGGUUGAGCCAGAUGAGAAAUAAGGUCCGCCAGCUCCGGGAGGAGUCCCUCUGGAACCGGAGUUUCGAGAAGGUGGCCGAACUCAUGGCCCGGUCCGUCGUCUCAAUCUUCGCGCGGCUCUGCUCAGUUUAUAGACCCUUCGUGCCGGAGCUUCCUCACGUCAUCCUGGAUCGCCAGGGGCGGGUGAAGUUCUUCGCUCAUUACCCAAGCCGCCUCUGCUACCCGGCCAACAACUCCAAACACCCCGGAGGGAUAUAUUCGUCGGGGCCUCUCGAGAGACCCUACGUGCAGAACUUGCAAAUGAGGAACUCAGGCCCCCUCCUACGGACAACCGACAGGGACGCGGGCGUCGACAGAUCGUGGAAGGAGGAGGCGCUCGAGCCACCGGAGAACACGCUUGGGGCGACCGGGAUGGCGCUGCGGUGCGCGGAGGUCGUCGUCUUCCUCGAGAAGCUGGCCGUGUCGCCAGAGCUUGUUGCGGAAGUGUCGCGGGAUGAGCUCUACCGGAAGCUCCCCAAGGGGAUGCGCGGGGCCGUAAUGGCGAAGCUGCGGAGCCACAGCAAGCUGGACGACGGGGUCGGCCCCUCAGAUGCCCUGGCCAGCGGGUGGAGGGAGGCGGUGGACGGGAUCCUCUCAUGGCUGGCGCCCAUCGCCCGAGACACGGUGCGGUGGCAGUCAGAGAGGAGCCUCGAGAAGAGGCAGAUAAACUCAGAACCGAAGGUCUUAAUGAUGCAGACUCUGAUCUUCUCUGACAGGGAGAAGGCGGAGACGGCCAUCGUCGAGCUCCUUGUGGCGUUCAGCUACGUAUGCCGGUACAGUUGA